AUGAAUCUGGCCAACGGAUUCACGCCUUACCCCGUCAGCACCAUCGGGUAUGACACCAAGAACCCGCGCUGGGAGGUCGUCGACAACUAUACCAUGAGCCAUUCCCACCCGGCCUCGCGCCCCAACGCGAGCACCCUGCAGGACACGCUCGCCGCGUCGGAGACCGCCAAGCUGCCCGAAAUCUCCGUGUCUCCCGCCCAGGCCAAGUUCAUGGCCCUGAUGCUGCGAAUGCUCAACGUGACGCACGCGCUCGAGGUGGGAACCCUGGGCGGCUACAGCGCCAUCUGGCUGGCAAGCGAGAACCCGCAGCUCCACGUCACGACGGUCGAGUGCGACGCGCGCUUCGUCGAGGUUGCGCGCAAGAACAUUGAGCACGCCGGCCUCUCGGAGCGGAUCGAGGUGAUCAAUGCCACUGGCCUUGACGCCCUGGCUCUGCUGAAGGAGGAGGUGCUCCGCGGCGACCGGCCGCGCUUCGGGUUCGUCUUCAUCGACGCCGACAAGCCCAACAGCUGGAACUACUUCAACAUGGCCGCCGACAUGUGCCAGUCCAAGGCCGCCAUCUGCGUCGACAACGUCGUGCGCGACGGCCGCGUGGCCGAUGCCGACGACCAGCACCCCCACAUCCUGGGCGGCCGCCUGGUGAUUGAGAACGCGGGCAAGGACCCGAGAGUCGACACAGCUGUGGUGCAGACGGUGGGAUGCAAGGGCUACGAUGGCUUCCUGUGGGCUGUCGUGAACUAA